GUGGCGCAAGAGUCGUUCGGCGCUUGUGUGUUCUGUGUUGCGCUUGGCCAACCCAGCCCCAGCAACUCAAAGGCCCUACACUUCAGCAGGAUUAUCCAAUUUUUGAGAGCUGCCGGCAUUCGUAAUACUAAAUCCGAUUUUAAUUACAUCUCUGAUAACUGUGACACUGGCAGCUACAUAAACCUGGUGACUAAAUUACGCGGAUUGAGGAUUGAAACUGCUGGUGUUUAUUGUGCACUUUGUCGGCACUGGCUGAAUUGCUUCUUAUUCAUUUACCACCUACCCUAAUAUCAUGGAAACUGCUGCAGAAAUGAACAAACUUUUUUCUGACUUCUCUGAAUACAUUCGUCAGGAGCAGGACUUGAAAGAAAAAAUCCGUGAUGAAGUCAAAAAUUUGGAACACAUUGCAAGGGAAAUCACAAUGAUCAUGCAGAAUGUUCACCAAAACCCGGCUCAAGAUGAAGGUGAGUACUUUUGCAAAGCCAAUACUUAUAAUAUAAUAUUAUUGUCUUUUCUCAUUUGUGUAUACAUUUCAGUUUUGAAGUGUUGCAAUUCAUCCAGGGCCAGUUUCGCCACUUGCCAAACUCAUUACGCCCAGUUGGCUGCUCUUGUACCUGUUAACCAGUUCUAUCACUUCAAUGAUAUGUGGCGAUUUGCCACUCAGAAGCUGGCUUUCCUGGUCUCAUUGACUGUUUUCCUGGAAACGGGGAAACUAGCUAGUUUUGAGGAAGUCGCUGAGAGUUUGGGACUGAAGCCUGAAAGAGAAAAAGGGUUCCACUUGGAUUUGGAGGAUUACCUUACUGGUCUUCUUCAAAUGGCCUCGGAAUUGGCCAGAUUUGCUACAAACAGUGUCACCAGUGGAAACUAUGACAGACCCAUUGAAAUAUCAAAGUUUGUCUCUGAGCUCAACGCGGGUUUCAGACUGCUGAACCUGAAAAAUGAUAGUUUGAGGAAGAAAUUUGAUGCUCUCAAGUAUGAUGUGAAAAAGAUUGAGGAAAUUGUUUAUGAUGUCUCCAUUAGAGGCUUGCGCCCAGCAGUGGGCAAUGCAGACCAGGCUGGGAACUAGAUAAAUUUAGUUGACUUUUUGAAUUUGAAUCAGGACUUCUGUGCUUGACUGGUGCAAACCUAUAAAUUAUCACUUGAGCUUUGUGCUUGUAAGGUGGCACCCAUAAUAUGUGCAUAUUUUACACAUAUUUUACACUUUUGGUCUCUGGUUAACUAUUGAGGUACAAAUAAUAACUCAUUUUGAUCGUAUGCUCUGUUGCUAAUGGAAAACUUUUAAGUCCUCACUUCAAUACUCGUAAACAAAACCUCAAUUGAGUCUGAACUUUAUUGUUAAAUCAACUAAAUAUUUGUUUUCACUUAUUUUCUUUAAGAAUAAUUUUGAUAAUAUGCGCCAACUGUGUAUGAUGAUCACACAAAUAAAAAUCGUCAACUGAA